GUAACGAGAUCAACGAAACUCAAAAUGUUCAAAUACUUCGUGUUCGCCGCUUUCUGCCUGGCCAGCGCUGCCGCCGCUCCAGGAUACCUGGGAGGAUUGGGAGGCCCUCUGCCUCUGGCCGCCGCUCCGGCCAUUUCCUACGGACACGCCCUGGCCGGUCCUUCCAUCGCUUCCUACGGACUAGCUCCCAGGAUCCUCUCCCCCACCCUGGCUCACGCUCCCCUGGCUGCUCCGGCCAUUUCCACCUACGGAUUGGGACCCAGGAUCCUCUCGCCGUCCCUGGCCCAUGCCCCUCUGAGCUACGCCCAUGCUCCCCUCGGCCUGGCCCACGCUCCUCUGGCUGCUCCCCUGGCUGCCCCUCUGGGCUUGGGCUACAAGUCCCUUGUUAGUCCCGCCCUGGCUGCUCCUGCCCUGGGCCUGGCCCAUGGAUGGUAAUCCCCUCAUCGAUAUUUCCUGCAUCGCUUUCGUUUCGUGUGGAUCGGAGAAGAGUGGAGAGAAGAACGUGAGACGGAGAGAGGGAGGAAGAGUGA